UUCUUUUUUUAUGGUAGGUUUGUGAUAUAUAUAAAAUGUGGGGAAUAUUUUGAAAACAUUGAAAUACCGAGGGAAAAGACAAUGAUAAUGUUUAUUGGGGAUGGAAUCGGACGGACAGUAAUAAAAGCUAACCGCAGCUAUGCAGAUGGAUGGACAGCAUUUCACUCUGCGACCGUUGGCGUGAGAGGUAGUGGCUUCAUAGCUAAGGACUUGUCGUUCGUGAAUUAUGCCGGACUGGCUAGUCACCAGGCUGUGGCAUUACGAAGCAGCUCUGACCUCUCUGCUUUCUACCGAUGCAGCUUUGAAAGCUUCCAAGACACUCUUUAUGUCCAUUCACACAAACAGUUUUAUCGAGAGUGUGAUAUAUAUGGCACGGUCGAUUUCAUAUUUGGUGAUGCAUCGGUUGUGUUCCAGAAUUGUAGUCUCUAUGCUCGUAGACCAAAUCCUAACCAAAAAAUCAUAUAUACCGCUCAAGGCCGGGAAAACUCAAGUCAACCCACGGGUAUUUCUAUAAUCAGUAGCAAGAUUUUGGCCGCACCAGACUUGAUCCCUGUGCAAGCCAACUUUAAAGCAUAUUUAGGUCGUCCGUGGCAACUAUAUUCUAGGACGGUUAUCAUGAAAUCGUUUAUUGGCGAUCUGGUGGAUCCUGCCGGAUGGUUGAAGUGGAAAGAUGAUUUUGCCCUUGAAACUUUAUAUUAUGGAGAGUACAUGAAUGAAGGUCCCGGGUCGAACAUGACAAACAGGGUCCAAUGGCCUGGUUUUAAGCGUAUCGAAACCGCAGAGGAAGCAACUCAAUUCUCUGUUGGUCCAUUUAUCGAAGGUAACAAAUGGCUUAACUCUACCGGAAUUCCUUUUACUAUUGAUCUCUGAUCUAAUCUUUAAAAUUUUGAUAAACUUGUAUGAGCAAAAUUUUGUUACUACUUUGCGCAUAGGAUUGUAAACACAGGAUCAAGUCUUUUAGACAUUUUUAUCACGGCUCAUUACUUGCAGAACGCACACAUAUAUGUUCU